AUUUGUCUCUUAUUCCUGAACAGAUUUUGCGCAGAAGACUCCAAAGGUUAUAGGAUCAGCUAUAAUCCAUGCUUCCCUUUCAAAAUUGGACCUAAGAAGAAAGCAAACCCAUGUCACUCUGAUGUGGCGGUAAGAAAUAAUUAAGGGAAACUUAGAAAGUAUUGUAUGGCCAGGAUGACAGAUGAAACAAAAAUUCUCCCGUUAUUGAUUUUACAUUAGAAAACGAGAAGUGGUUUUAUUGAAUGAUUCUGGACAGAAGAUUAGUUGAGGCCACCAAAAGUGACGUCAUUGGGACUUUGCAAUUCUGAAAAAUAAUACCCAUUCUUUUUGACGUCCAGAGUCAAAAAAAUAGUUUUAAAUAGCCUUUAUUGCUUCAGUGUCACUUUCUUGCCUUAAUCACCUUAGGAAGAAGUUAAUUUGUAUGACACUUUGGAUUUCUUUAAAAAGACUAAUUAGAUAUCGAAUAUUUCUCUGAUAUAUUUUCCAUUCCUUUUUUUUUCUGACUAAGAUCUUUUCUUUCAAUAGUGGGUUACCGGGUAUGCAAGCAGGGAACGCAAAACACGUUAAACUCUUUAGCGAUAUGUAAUGAAAGAAUUUGUCAGCCAAAGUUUAGGAGAUGCGGGCUAAUGGUACGGCAUUAGCUAAUAAAAUGUGGAAUCAAAUUGUGCGAAAUGUUCUCCUCUGAGAAAGUGUUUGGAGAUCUCUCGUCGAUGCGUAACUCAUUUGUAAAGAUCCUUAAUCAUUAGAAGAUUUGCUUUAACUUGAGAAAGGGGUGAUUUUAUUUCCAAACACUUUCAUCUUAGGCAAGUGGGUCAGAAGUUUUUUCUUACAUCAUGUUUCAUGGCAAAAACCUCCGUUAGACUGAGAAUAGUUUUGGGUAAUGAACAUUCCAACUCAUUAACUCGUUUCAGAUUUGUCAAUGGGUUGAAGGUCAUGAUGAUGCGUACGUUAAUAUUGGUCGUCAGAACUCAACGCUUUUCGAUGUUGAAGGCAAACCUCCAAAGCUACGUUAUCUUUAGUGAGUAUUUGUAAUCACCUAGCGUAAAUAAAAUAGUAUAUUUUUUCAAAAAUCUAAUGGUGUCGUGAAGGAAGUAUGAGUUCUAGUUUAUUGCUCAGAGUGUACGAUUGAGUUAAACAUGCAUUGGUUAUCAUACCUGAGGUAUCUUCCACGAACAGAUAUUUCAUAUACGGUCAUAUAUCGUUAGCAUAUUAACAAUCGAUAACUAACUUCUUACUAACCGAGCGUAAGGGCCGUACUGGGGAAUAUUGGCCCGAGGUCGUGGCAGCAUGGAUUCAGCACAGAGAGGUCCGUACAAAAACGAACGAGGGCCAAUGUUCCCCACUGCAGCUCGAGCAAGUGAGGUAAGGAAGUAGUUUAUUAUAUGGUACUCGGACCUCACUUGUUUAUUUUGGAUUUGCCUGCUUAAUGAUAAUUUCAUUAAUUUACUUAAGUUUAUAGGCGGUGAGCUCCACUCUGUUUUGCUUUACGAUAAGUGAACUCGUUUUGAGUUGCUCGACUUUAUUCUCUCGUGAGGCCAGCCUUACUAUGAUAAAUUAAUGACUGAAAGUGAAUUUUCUAAUAACAAGUAUAAACAGUAAAUCAAAAUUCUAAAUCGAACUCGCGCCAAAUCUCUACUCAUAAUUCGAGUGGAAAUUCUGUUUCGUAUUUCUGUUCUACUCACAACUUUUAAACUUUUAUACUUCUCAUCUCUGCGUUAGUUCAGCCGACAUAAACUCAAUAAGAGAAUACUUCUACCAAGUAAUAUUAAAAUUAAUAGUUUUAUAUGCCAAAAAGGUAUUACACAUUCAUCAAAUUUUAAUUUCCUUUUUAACUCGUGAAUUGCGCGCAUGCGCAAGAGCGAGUUAUAGAUACGAUGUGGGGAAUGCCAUUCGCUCGCUCGCUCGCUCGAUUGGUCGAUUCCUGUAAACUUUUUUUAGAUUUUAGGCUUUUGAGUGCAUUUGAUAGUUUUUGGCGAGCAAUAAACAGACGAAAUGGCGACCUUUGUUGCUAAGAAUAGUGGUGGGGUGAAAAAGAAGCCAAUGAUAAUCUUAAAAGAGUUUUUUUUUUCGUUUUAGUUUCAACAAGCGGCGCCAGCGACUGGCAGGCAUGCAAGGAUUCACACUGAAAUAACAGAACAACCUUCGUUUUUCAUAAAAUUGUAAUUUACAAUCCUUGAACUUGAAAACAAUCCGAAGAUUCAUUGAAAAUAUCACUUACUGCGAAGCGCUCAGAGUUUACAGAUGUUCAAAAGCUUUUUCUGUUAUGGCGUGAGAUUGAGGACAAAAUUGAUCAUUAAGUUUCGUCGCGUGUGUUUUUCCUGUGUGAAGCAACAAAAGUGCCGGCGACUGACGAAAUAACAAGUUAACACGAAAAUCAGAUAACACUUAAACAAACAAUUUUAGCUACCGAUUUUCAGUGAAUUUUUAAAGAACAAUUUUCUUUUCAGUUUCAAGACAAUUUGAAGAUUCAACAUACAUACAACGUACUAAAAUGCGAAAGUUACACACCACAAAAUAGAUAAAUAGGCCUGAAAUGAAAUUCUAUCUUGUUAUUGAUCAUACGUUGCCUAGCACGUGACUUAAAUCUACCCAGGCGGAGAUCCAAAAUGACGGUGGCAGGCUUGGCUCAGUUAUAUUUUUUCUUAUCCCAACGUUACUUUGUUUCUUUUCAUUAGCUUUUGAACUACUUUAUUUAUUUUUAAACCUCUAAAAUAGCUAAAAAAUCCAAAGUUUGGUUCCAUGUCGUCAACUCUCAAAGUUGGUUCCAUGUCGUGGACUCAAAGUAAACUGGAGAAACUAGAAGCUCCUUACAAUGCGUUGUUAGCAUACUCGUAGCUUACACACUUUGUGAUGUUAUGUUUUCUUUCGUUCAGUGGUCUUCACUGGAAGUCCACUGUAUCACUGGUGUGCAAUUCAACUGAAGACAAAGGCAGUUUCAAAGCUGUGACGGAUCAAGAAGCUGGAAGUGUUGUAAGUGACUGAAUGUCAUUGUGCAUGAAGAUAGUAAAGAAGUGAAGAUCACUUGUAACAGGAAUGUAAAGGAAAUCUCACGCUUCACGUGAAAUAGAUCAGCAAUUUCACAAAAAACAAUCAUGUACUUGUUUUUUUGUUUUGUUGCAUUCAAAGUACAGUUGCUUUUACCGGCCAGACACUCUUAGUUCUUAUACUCUUGCCAGAUUAUGUCAAGUAAAACCUCUAAACUGCACAAUGAAUUUCCCGAAUUUCUGAUAGUCAAUCGAAAGAUGGUGGUAGCUUCCGAGGAAAGAGUAGACGGCUGAAACCCGUGAAGACUAUUGCAACCACAGUUGAUCAACAUUCACUCAAUCUGCACAAGAAGCCUUCUUUCCAAAAGCCAUGGUCAUAAAAAACAAAGAAAUAAAUCUAAUAUAUAUAUCGUUGCGGUUAACUGCCAAAGUAAGCAAACACGUAUCACGGCGAAAAGAUGACUACUUCAAGAUUUUGGAAAAAGAUAGGAAGCUCUUCAUAGAUCUCGGUUGGAUCCUUUCCCAAACUCUUAAAUAACAUGUUUGUAUUUAUUUGGAAGACAUUUAAAGGAGAUCAGUAAGUCAUGAAAUCUUCCUCAGUUUUCCUCUUUUCAAUUUAUACAUCCAGUACGAACGAUAUGACAAAACAAUUUCAACAAAGAAACUGAUAUGUUUAGUAAUUUCUAUCGAGCGAUGUACUUUGCGUUACUUGCCAUAUUGUUUAAACAUGUGAGCAGUGUGUUCAAGUUUUUAGUCGUAGUUUUAUCUGCUGCACCACUGGUCAUUCACACCUACUUCAAAAAUCACAAGGACUGCGAAGAGAGUGAUAUACUGUCUAUUACUGCAUCUUUCCAGGAAUUGAGUCUCUCCCAUAAGUGUGCCUGCCCGAAUAUGUGUCUAAUCAACCCUACAAAGAAACCCAAAACUACAGUUACCCCUGGUAAGUGAGAUCAUUUACCUAUUAUUUCCUCACAUUUCACGAGAUUUUUGAAAUGUCCUAAGGAAAUAUGAUAAUAUCAUAUUCUUUGAGAGGUCGAUACUCAAUAUUGAAGACUGAGAAAGAUUUGAAAUUAUUCUGUGGGAAAGGACAGAGAUGAUGUGCUCAAAAUAAAUCCAGUCAGAAGUGAAACCAUAAACGCUGAAUGUAAAACAAGGCUUUUCUUUCAGUUGCACGGAAAUAAAUGAACAUCGUGUAAAUGUUUAAUCAGUUUUAUCGAUAAAUCUAUAUAUAUUGUUACAGUCAUCCAUGAGGAAUUGCCAAUGACGCAUGCUGAAUUCGAAAAACGACCAAAAAUAGUUCUUUACAUAAAAUCAAUAGCAUAGGGUCAAGAAAAGUUAAGGAGUGUUAUCACUGGCAUUUCCAAAAGUCGCCAAGUCGUUUGAAUCUUUAACCUUACGAGACAUCUUAUAAUUUUUAAUUAUAAUUUAUUUCAUUUAGAAGGUUAAAACGACCUAGUGGUCUUAGAGUCUAAGUAAUUUUAUCCGGGCAAUUACCAAUAUUAAUGGAAAAAAGUCCUCUGACCCAGCCAAUCUUUAUCUAGUAGUAAUUCUGCCUUAAUUAUAACAUAAAUUACAGUAUCUCUCUGUGUUUAAGCAGGAGACGACGAAGGAAUAGUGGUUCCUGUGGUCGCUUGUACUGCUGGUGUCACCUGUUUAUUUGCUGUUCUUUUCACUAUCAUUAUCUGGCAACGUGUCAGGCCACAGCUUCGCAACGACAAUCCACCGCCUCACAUCGAUCAUAUUGGAAACCAUCUUUUGGAUGAAAAGGAUUCAUUUGAUUAUGGUGCAGUUGGUGGAAAUGAUAGCACUAAAAACCCCUUCUCCAGUGCAAGAGAACCCACACCGGGAAGUGGGUCGUCAAGUUUAACUAAACCCACGUCAACGAACUCAUCAUCUUGUAGUGAUAUCAAAGUGUCUUCUAAAGAGAAUUCUAGAAGCAGAAACAGGUCAUAUGUCUGUUGA